UAUACCUUUCAAUUUCUUGAUAUACACCUUAUACUACAUCAACAACUCUUAUCACAGUUCCCUUAGCCACAUGACAACAAUGCCUACUCAUAAUUACAAUUUCCUCUACCUUGGUCUCAUCAUUAGCUUAAUCACAAUCACCUCGCCGGCAUCGGCGCAGCUCUCCGUUUCCUUUUAUGACACCACUUGUCCUUCUGUUUUUAACACAGUGAGAUUUGUUGUUCGUUCGGCAAUUAACCGAGAAGCUCGCAUGGGAGCAUCGCUCAUUCGUCUUUUCUUUCAUGAUUGUUUUGUUAAUGGUUGUGAUGGAGGGAUAUUAUUGGAUGACACUGGUUCAUUUGUGGGAGAGAAGACCGCAGGGCCUAAUGCAAAUUCAGUGAGAGGGUUUGAUGUCAUUGAUAGGAUAAAAGCUCAAGUUGAUAAGGCUUGUGGAAGCCCUGUGGUUUCUUGUGCUGAUAUUGUUGCUAUUGCUGCACGUGAUUCUGUUGUUGCUUUGGGAGGACCAUCCUACUCAGUUCCAGUGGGAAGAAGAGACGCAACAACAGCAAGCAAAUCCACAGCAAACACUGACUUACCAUCUCCAUUCGAAGAUCUCAGUUCCAUCGCACAAAAAUUCACCAACAAAGGCUUCACUUUCCGCGACAUGGUCGCAUUAUCCGGAGCUCACACGGUCGGGUUCGCCCAAUGCCGCACAUUCCGCACCCGACUAUACAACGAGUCCAACAUUGAACCCAACUUAGCCACAUCCUUAAAGACGAAAUGCGCCUCAACAGCCGGUUCAACGGACUCAAACCUUGCACCACUUGACUCACAAAGUCCGAAUAGAUUUGGGAACAAUUAUUAUCAAGGUUUGAUUAACAACAAAGGACUGUUGCAUUCGGAUCAAGUGUUGUUUAAUGGUGGUCAAGCUGACUCAAUUGUGAAAAUUUAUAGUGAUGAUGCUGAUACUUUUAAUACUGAUUUUGCUAGUGCAAUGGUGAAGAUGGGGAACUUGAGUCCUCUCACUGGGACUGCUGGACAAGUUAGGGUUGAUUGUAAGAAGGUUAAUUAAUAAUUAGAGGAGUUGUUUGUGGAAUUAGGUGAUGUAAUUGAAGGUGGUUAGGGUUUGCACUUGCUUCAAAAAUGAAGGAGAAAAAUGGGUGAAUUUUAAAUA